AUGUCUACUAGCUUGUUUGGUCCGACUCACAUUUGUGGCCUAUACUACCUUGUCCGAUCUGAUGAAUGGAACACCAAGAAGCACUUCGUUCCACAAGUCAAACUCGAAGCAAAAGCCACCAUCCUUGCAACUACCUCUAAAACCGUACUCACACAGACUUUUGCCAAUCCAUCGACAGAAAAGGCAAUCAAAGAGUGCCGUUACACUUUUCCGCUCUACGAUGGCGUCAGUGUAGUACGCUUUACCUGUCAUGUCGGGGGGCGGAAGAUAGUUGGUGAAGUCAAGGAGCGAGAAAAGGCAAGAGCUGUAUUCCAAGACGCAGUCUCCAAAGGCGAGACGGCCGGAUUAUUUGAGCAACUCCCAGAUGCCUCCGACGUCUUCACCACGACUGUGGGCAACAUCCCUCCUGGCGCAAAAGUCAUCAUCACUAUCACAUAUCUAGGCGAACUCAAGCACGACAUGGAAGUCGAUGGCAUCAGAUUCACAAUCCCAAACAUCAUAUGCCCGCGAUAUGGCGACUACCCAGGUACCUUGUGCAGAAGCUCCGCCACGGAUGCGAUGAGUAGAAGCAUUUCGAUUACUGUCGAUGUCGACAUGGCGGAUGGAUCUUUCAUCCAGAAGAUCCAGUCGCCCACACACCCCAUUUCAGUGUCAAUGGGCACUACUUCCACUGCAGUAAAUGCCGAUCCCGCAAUGACAAAGGCAUCAGCGACUCUCGCCCUUGCCACCGCAGAACUAGACAAGGAUUUUGUCUUGCAAGUCAUUGCCAAACACACCGGCAUGCCCAAAGCCAUCCUUGAAACCAAUCCGAGGAUUCCGAACCACAGAGCAGUAAUGGCAACGCUAGUGCCGAAGUUUGCUCUUCCCCCUGCGCGCCCCGAGAUCGUCUUUGUGUGUGAUCGCAGCGGAAGCAUGCAGCUCACCAGAAUCGAGCUUGCGAAACAAGCCUUGAAAGUAUUUCUGAAGUCGCUUCCCGUUGGCGUCAAGUUCAACAUCUGCUCGUUCGGCUCGUCGUACUCGUUUCUUUGGGAAAAAAGCGCGAGUUACAACCAGCAGACGCUUGAGGAGGCAAUGAAUCAUGUAGGUUCUUUCGCGGCGAACUAUGGCGGCACGGAGAUGCUGCAGCCGCUGCAAGCGACGAUUGAGCGAAGGUACAAGGAUAUGGAUCUUGAUAUCAUGCUGCUCACGGAUGGUGAGGAUUGGGGCCAGGAUCGCAUCUUCUCAUGUCUCAACGAGGCUAUUCAAGCGACCAAGGCUCCGAUCCGGGUCUUUACAUUGGGCGUUGGAAAUGGCGUUUCGCAUGCGCUGAUUGAAGGUAUAGCCAAAGCAGGAAACGGGUUUUCGCAAUCGGUUGGCGAGAACGAGCCGAUGAAUACGAAGGUUGUACGAAUGCUCAAGGGAGCAUUAUCCCCACAUAUCAACGAUUAUACUCUGGAGGUCAAGUACAACAACGAUGAAAUCUCCGCUCACCUCGAUGUGGAGCCAGAAGAUGACUUCGAAAUUGUGGAAAAAGUAUCUGAUAGUCUUAAGAUCAAACUCGAUCUCAAAGAAGACGACAAAGCUGAGUCAAAAUCAACUAACAAAACACCAAUCUCCCUGUUUGACCUCAACGCCGACCCAGACGCAGAAGAACCACUCUCGGACGACUCGACAGGCCAAUCCCGCUACGCCCACCUCCCCACACUCCCCGUCCCCAACAUCAUCCAAGCCCCCCAAACAAUCCCCUCCCUCUACCCUUUCCACCGCACAUCCCUCUACCUCCUCCUCGGCCCCUCGGCCCCACAAGGCACACCCAUAUCCCUGACGCUCCGGGGCACAAGCCCCCAAGGCCCCCUCGAACUCACCAUCCCGAUCCAACCCCUCGCCCAGCCUGGCGAAGCAAUCCACCAGCUCGCCGCUAAAAAGGCGAUUGCGGAGCUAGAACAAGGCCGGGGAUGGCUCGCCGAAGCCACUGACGCGUCUGGCGCUUUGGUGAAGAAGACGUGCGAGGGACGGUAUGACGAUAUGGUCGAGCGCGAAGCAGUCAGGCUAGGGGUACAGUUUCAGGUGGGAGGAAAGUGGUGUUCGUUUGUUGCUGUUGAAUCGAAUAAAGAGGAGGCGGAGAAGCAGAGAAGGCAGGCAGAGGGGUGGCAGUGGAUGGAUGAUAAGUACCACCACCUCCUCCACCAGGUCACUCAUCUAUCUUCGGUACCAGAAGUCCCAGCAGCAGCGGUAGUGCUCUAUUCGGCGCCCCUGCACCAGCACCCGCCCAGAGUCAACCUAACUCUGGCACUUCGCUGUUCGGCGCCCCAGCACCACCGGCUACAGAAAAGGCUUGUCAUGGCCAGACAAGAAAACGGCUCCGGCACAGCGGGAGCGACAUCAGACCCACAGCUUCCUUCCUCUUUGAGCGGUGAAUCGCUUCUUCACCAUCUCAUCUCGCUGCAGUCUUUCGAAGGGUCGUGGUCGCUUACACCAGGGUUACUCGGUGUCCUUGGUUUGGACGAGGCUGGCGUGCGAGCGAAGAUGGAGGGAGAGGGGGCGGAUGAGAAGGUAGUCGCAACUGCGAUUGUGAUUGCAUUGUUUGAAGAGAGGUUGGAGGGGUUGAGGGGGAGCUGGGAACUUGUGGGUGAGAAGGGACGGGCGUGGCUGGAAGGGGAGGUUGGAGGGGAUGAGGUGGAAGGGUGGGUAGAACGAGGAAAGAAGGUGCUUAGGGAUGACUAA